UCUGGCUGGUAGGCAGAGGACCAGCUGAGGGGGGAGGUGGAUGACCGGGAUGGACCCCGGCCGGGGGCUCCCUCUGUGCUAACCGUCCGGUCCCGUCCCCAGCCCCAUGGAGCGCCGCCGCCAGCUGAUCUCCAACACCCUGAAGGCCAAGAAGCGGCGGCUGCAGCCGGGACCCGACCCUGGGGACGCAGGAGAACCGGACAGACAGGAGGGCCCCGGGGCAGUGGAUUCGGCUCUCCGGUAUCUCGCUUCCCUCUUCCCUCGCCAGCUGUUCGAGGAUGCGCUGCCCCCCAUCGUCCUGAAGCACCAGCUCUACAGCCUGGUGAGGGAUCGCACGGCCGUGGACAGGCAGCUGAGCCGGCUGAAGGACGAGGGGCUGAUCCGGCCCUUCCAGCUUGGAUUCGACUCAGACGUCUUCGGGGUGGCGUUCACCCAGGACUACACGGCCAAGGUGCUGCAGUCUGUGGCGGGGAAGGAGCACGCCGGGACGGUGCGCAGGUUCCUGGAGACGGCGUUCGCCUCCUGUCCUGAACUCAGCUACGACAAUGGCCGCAUGCUGAGGGACUUCGGCUUCCGGGACCCGGACAUCACGCAGCUGGUAAAUGCCGGGGUCCUGACCGUCCGUGAUGCUGGCAGCUGGUGGCUAGCCAUGCCGGGAGCCGGGCGCUUCAUUAAAUGCUUCAUCAAAGGGCGCAAGGCCGUGCUGGGGAUGAUCCAGAAGGCCAAGUACAAAGAGAUUUUGCUGUCGGAUCUGCAGAGCCGCCGGGCUCCCAGCGCCGUGAAACUGGGGCUCCCCUACCACAUCCAUGACCUCAUCGGGGCACAGCUGGUCGACUGCAUCCCCAGCACUUCCGGGACCCUGCUGCGAUUGGCCGAGUCCUGACCCCGCGACCUGAGGAGCUCCGGGAGAUCUGUGCCAAGCACUGACUGAUGCUGGGGGGCGGAGGGGGC